UCUUCUUCUCUGCGCGCGUUUCCAACUUCGAAAACAUAAAACAAGUUCAAGCAACAUCCUAUUUGAUCCCUUGAACUUUGCGAAAUCCCAGAGACAUCACUUCAGAUCCUUGUCGUAAUCUAUCUGACAGAUAAUCUCCAGCUCCACAUCUACAAGAAACUUCCCGACCGCGAUAGAAGAUAGAGAGAAAAAGAUCAUCAUGAAUCGAGCACUAUCCAUUCGUUCGAACAAGAACGGCUCCAGCUCUUCCGCCGCCCCUCGCCAUGGCUUCAGCUUGAGCUCUCUCCGCGGCACCGUCCAACCCGAACUCAGCAAAAAGCUCUACAAGUUGAUCAAGUCCGAGAAUCACCUCAUCCAAAGCCAUGAAGCUGCAGGCAAGGAACGUCUCUCGAUCGCAAGCCAGCUGUCAGAUUGGGGUGAAGCUACAAAUGACGAUACCAUCAGCGAUAUCUCCGACAAGAUUGGCGUUCUCCUCUCUGAGCUGGGCGAGCAGGAGGACUUGUACGCACACAACAUCGAUGAUAGUCGAGCUAUCUUGAAGACCAUCAGGAAUACAGAGAAGAGUGUACAGCCAAGCAGGGACAACAAGGCAAAGAUUGCAGACGAGAUUGCCAAGUUGAAGGCCAAGGAACCUGAGAGUGCGAAGCUUGUGACAUUGGAGCAAGAGCUUGUCCGAGCAGAGGCAGAAAAUCUCGUUGCUGAAGCUCAGUUGACGAACGUGACAAGACAGAAGCUCAAGGAAGCUUAUGCCACAGAAUUUGCUGCCACCAUCGAGCGCGCCGAGAAGCAGAUCAUCCUCGCCCGUCAUGGUCGACGACUCUUGAACCUCAUUGACGACACACCUGUUGUUCCUGGAGAUAUGCGAGCUCCAUACGAGUACACCAAUCAAGCACGCCAGAUUUUGAACGAUGCAGAGGACGACCUCCGUGAUUGGCAACCAGAACUUGAGGAUGUGCCAUCCAGCGCAAGACUCGAGAACAACCUGAUGCCAUCUUCAGGUAGUCAUCAACAGACAGUGGAUGACUCUGUCGGCGAUGAGACGAUGAUCCAUGCAGACCCUGAGCAAAGCAGGAUUAGCAGUGGAACUUCUGUGACUACUGGGCAGGUUGGCCAUGGAUAUGCUCCCAGCGAGACUGGCACCGCUGGAACGACGAUGAAUGUUGCUUGAGGGUGGUAUGUUAUUCGUGGGGCUUGUAAGAUCAGACCAAGUGUAGUUUCUAUUCUUUCCUAGCGCGGAGCUGAAAUUGGGUUCUUGGGGUCAUCAUAGAAUUCUUCUUCGUCUGGUUUCUGCCAAACCGAUGUAACAAUGGUAUUCAUCAAUGAAUUUCUCUUUCUCCAUGC